AUGGCCAAUAUCGCACCAUCAGUCCUCCGGCAGGCGUCGCGCCUGGCAUCGAGGACAUCAGUUCCGGCCGUAACGCGGCGCGGCGUUCCAAUCUUAUCGCGGCCGACGACCGCUGCGGCGCGCAACACCUGCCAGAGGUGUUAUGUGACCCAGAGCAAAGCCGACCAUGCGCAGGUCCAGGUGGACACAGCUAUCCGACUAGAUAGAGCCGAGCUGGAGAAGGCGGGAGCGACACUCGAGACGACUCAGAAUGGGUCAACGACGCACGUCAGCCCGAUGGCUGAUGUCCUAAAGCAGGCCGUCAAGCUAGACGAGGGCCAACGGCCCAUCUAUCUCGACAUGCAGGCCACCACACCACUAGAUCCCCGGGUUCUCGACGCCAUGCUUCCAUUCUACACCGGCGUUUUCGGCAAUCCCCACUCGAGGACACACGCCUAUGGCUGGGAGAGUGAGCAUGCCGUCGAGCAAGCCAGAGAAUACAUUGCGAAAUUGAUCGGCGCGGAUCCCAAGGAAAUCAUCUUCACCAGCGGCGCCACCGAGAGCAACAACAUGAGCAUCAAGGGCGUGGCCAGGUUCUUCGGCCGGUCAGGGAAGAAGAAGCACAUCAUCACCACUCAGACCGAGCACAAGUGCGUACUCGACAGCUGCCGGAACCUGCAGGACGAAGGCUUUGAGGUCACCUACCUACCCGUCAACAACAACGGACUCGUCGACCUCGACAAGCUCAAGGCUGCGAUCCGCCCCGAGACGGCGCUUGUUAGCAUCAUGGCUGUCAACAACGAGAUCGGCGUCAUCCAACCGAUGGCCGAGAUCGGUAAGAUUUGCCGGGAAAACAAGGUGUUCUUCCAUACCGAUGCGGCCCAGGCCGUGGGCAAGAUCCCGCUUGAUGUCAACGCCAUGAACGUCGAUCUGAUGUCCAUCUCAUCCCACAAAAUCUACGGCCCCAAGGGGAUAGGUGCGUGCUACGUCCGCCGUCGGCCGAGGGUUAGGCUGGAGCCCAUCAUCAGUGGUGGUGGGCAGGAGCGUGGUCUGCGCAGCGGAACGCUUGCCCCUGCUCUAGUUGUCGGCUUCGGAGAGGCGUGCCGGAUUGCGGCCGAAGAGAUUCAGGGCGAGUCCCUUCUCAUGGCGCUCAAGGAUAUUGCGCUAUCGUCGGGCAGUGCAUGCACAUCAGCAUCGCUUGAGCCCAGCUACGUGCUGCGGGCGCUUGGCAACAGCGACGAGAACGCCCACUCCAGCAUCCGGUUCGGCAUCGGCCGGUUCACGACGGAAGCUGAAAUCGACUAUGUCCUGAAGGCGGUCAAGGAGCGCGUCGGGUUCCUCCGUGAGCUCAGCCCCCUGUGGGAGCUUGUCCAGGAGGGCGUCGACCUCAACACGAUUGAGUGGACUCAGCACUAG